CCCCAACUUUUGGAAGCGGGUGUUCCCGUCCGACUUGCUCAACGUCAGAACUCCCUCCCACUGCUCACCACCUGCCACCCCCAACAUCUCUCAACACCAACAAACCAUGACUGCAACCGCAACAAACCCGCUCGAAAAUGCGCUGGACGCUUUCGCUCAAAUCAACUGGGCCCACCCUUCGCUCUGGAUAGCCGCUGGGAGUAUUGUGUUUAACCCCACCAUGUGGAAUAUCGUUGCUAGGAACGAAUACCGCAACCAAAGCCUCACCCGCCUCCUCGGGUCUCCCAUUCGGGGCUGCUACCUCCUCGCCUUCGCCAUCUUCACCCUCGGUCUCCUCCGCGACUAUCUGUUCACGGUCGCGAUGGACCAUCAACCGGUGACAGAACUGCUGGACCACUCGUUCAUCAAGAUGUAUGCGGUGGCGAGCAUGGCGGUGGGCAACGUGCUGGUGUUGAGUAGUAUGUUCAAGUUGGGGAUUACGGGGACUUACUUGGGCGACUACUUUGGCAUCCUUAUGGAAAAACGCGUGACCGGCUUCCCCUUCAACCUGAUCGAAAACCCUAUGUACUUUGGAUCCACACUCUGUUUCCUCGGCGGUGCUCUCUGGAGAGGAAGCCCAGCAGGCCUGGUCCUAACAGCCGUCGUCUACCUCGUCUACGCCAUCGCGGUUGAAUCGUUCGAGGGGCCGUUCACGGCGCAGAUCUAUGCCCGGAGGGAUAAAUUGAGGAGUGGCAAGAAGGAGUAGAAAAAAAGAUUCGGCUCUUGAACGACAUCUUUUCGAAAUUGGCGCUGGGACAGGUGGUGGGGUAUCUGACACAUAUGAUUUAAGGGUAGGUGGCGUAGGUGGGGGGCGUAGGUGGGGGGCGUAGGUGUAGAGCUGGUUGGUGUAGGAUAUAGACAUGAUGUAGGGUGGCCUUUCAUUUAUUUCAACCCUUUUGGGACAUGCCCGGAAUGUAGGUAUGAACUGAAUGCAUACACAGGAGACUUGCAUGAUUGUUCAGUCGUGGAAGUUAUGGUACAAAUUAGGUAUCAAAAGCGUUGGGCACACUAAAGACAUCGGACCAUCCGCAGCAAAAAUCAGCU